GAAGAUUGCAACCUUCACGUGGUUCGCCCAGUUUCGACGAAUGCAAUCAACCCCGCGUGCACAAUCAAAUAGAACAAGUUGUCCUACAACUUUAGGCUGUGCACACCAUAUGAGAGAAGAAGAAGUGGACAAGUGUAGAAGGAUCUGGGCCAAAUACAGGUAAAUGGGAAUAGCUCAGAUAGGGGCAUCUUUGUCACCUGGAACUAGAUGGGCCGAAAGGCCUGUUUCCAUACUAUAUGACUCUAUAUACAGAUCACUGUCCUAUUUAGAACAAUUUGGAAUGCUUCCUUGCAUUAAUAUUGUGUGUCUCUCACACACAUCAGUUAAGGACUCCGUGCUCAUUUUAUCCUCUUUAUGAGCCACACACAAAGAUAAAAUAACCUCGCCUUCCAUCCAUGCAAAGCCUGGUCUCCAUGGCGACACGUGGGCGGGCCAUAACCCGGAACUGGAAAUGGAUGUGGGACGAUUUUUUUAAUUGUUGGUCGGGGAUAAGACGGUUUUCGGUUGUUUGACCGAUAAGUUGCCUCGAGCGGGAUAUCAUGCCUGCCGAGGAUAAACGCUGGGAGACUUUGCAGGCGUUGCGCAACUCGAAGAAAGGGCGGCUGACCUACGACACGAGCUGGCUGGAGGACGGGGAGGAUAUUUUGGAACAAUGCCAAUCAUCACCCAAGCUAUCUGUAAACUCAGCAUGGGUACUGGACCACUUGUCACGACCCGAAACUCAGUCUGGAAACGACCAAUUACCAGAGAAGUCUGUUCCUUCUCCAGAUCCAAGAACAGAAGAGGAAAAUAAUAACAAUGAGCAGCAGUUGGAUGAGGAAUUGACUCCAGAACGCGCAUUUCUGCUGCUUUCUCCUGAAGCCACUCAGAUCGAAGGCUAUGUUAAAAUGUAUGAGACAGUCCACAAAAUUAAGGGCCAGGCUGAACUGAAGCAUCGCCAGGAACUUCAACAGAAAAUUGUUCAUGAUCUCUCGACAUCAUCCACUGAACAAAUGAAACGAUUUGAAGAAUCCCUGGAGCUUAAGCAACGGCAGGAAUAUGAGGAGAUGCGUGACAUGAUGGAGAAAGGAUCUCUUGAAGCUCGAGGACGUCAAGAAAAGUUAAAAGAAGAACACCGGCGUAAAGCUAAGAAUAUGAACCUGAAACUACGAGAAGCCGAGCAGCAGCGGCUACGGCAGAAGGAGUUGGAGCAUCAGAGGCAAGCAGAAAGCCGAGAUCGACUGCGCAAGUUGAAUGCUAUCCAGGCAGAAGUGUUACAUCUGAAUAUGCAGAUCGAGCCCUACUUGAAACAGAAGGACCUUGUGGGACUGGACCUCUCGGAAUACAGUAAUCGUGGCAAUCAACUUUGCAGCCUGGUGUCAGGAGUUAUUAAGCUCACAUCAGAGGGUGGCUUGCUACAACAAGAGGACAUGCUGAAUGCAGAGCGAGCCCUGCUGCAAAUGAGAACGCUGAUAGCCGCUAUGCAUGAGAAAAUUGCUGCUGUAGCAGCAGAGAAGAAGAGGGUAAAAGAAGAAGAGGAGAAAGCACUUCAGAAAAAACAAGAAGUCAAAACUGAAGUAGCACCACCAGCUCCUCAACAGAAGCCCACUCAUAAAGAAGGGCUACAAUUAAAGGCAGAUUCAAGCAUUUUGCAAUGGUAUCAACGGUUGCAGGAUAGCUGUAAUCAAUGUGCAGCAUCCAUUAAUGAUCUUAACAACAGCAAGGAUAGUAAGGUUAAGAAGAUUAAAAUGGAUCUUCAGAAGACAGCAACUAUUCCCGUUGGUCAAAUAUCUUCUGUCGCAGCAUCUCACCUGCGUGAAAUCUUUGACAAGAUCAAUAACCUCCUCCUUGGCAAGCAAAUAUCAUCAGGUGGGAAGUUGGUGUCGAUUUCUCAACACCCACAAGGUCAGGAGUUUGUCUAUUACAAACUGGCAGAAAAAUUUGUGAAACAAGGGGAGGAGGAGGUUGCAUCUCACCAUGAAGCUGCAUUUCCAAUAGCAGUGGUUGCUUCAGGGAUCUGGGAGUCUCACCCGAAGGUUGGCGAUAUUUUCUUGGCCCACUUGCACCGAAAGUGUCCCUAUGCAGUCCCGUUUUUCCCUUCAUGGAAAGAUGGGUUACCAAAGGAAGAAUACCAAAGGUUAUUGGGGUACAGAGUGCAGGAAAAUUGUGUUGAGCAGCAGGACAACUUUCUGAAACGGAUGUCUGGAAUGGUUCGUCUGUAUGCAGCCAUCAUGGUGUCAAGAUGGCCCUAUGGAACAAAGCAAGGGGAACAUCCACAUGACCUGAAUCAUGCUUGGCGCUGGUUGGCUCAGAUGUUAAACAUGGAACCAUUGGCUGACGUGACUGCUACACUACUCUUUGAUUUCUUGGAGGUCUGUGGCCAUGCUUUGAUGUUAAAGUACCAGAAUCAGUUCUGGAAAAUGAUCCGACUAAUCAUGACUGAAUAUUUCCCCAGGAUUGAAGCUGUUACAGGCAAUGGUCAAGUUGGGGCCGUAAUCCGUUUGCGCCAAUUCCUCGAGAAAAGCUUGAAACAAAAAGAUUUUCCUUUACCGAAGGGCUACCUAAAACCUGCAUUCUGGAAGUCGUGAACAAUUCAAAGGACUGGAUCAACAAGCCAAGGAAAUUUUACUUGCUCUCGACUAAAUCAUUUUUUAAAUUUUACUGUUAUAUAUUAAUAUUAAAAAUAAUUAACUUAAGUGGGAUUGUCGAUAUUAAUUGAAUGUUUAUACUUAAUUUGUCAGUUCUACUGUGACUUAAAGCUUUGUGUUGCUCUUGAUGUUCAACAUUUUGUAGUCCUCUAAGCUAUAGUAAUUGACAAGAGGGCAAACAGUGUUUGAGAAGCUGUAUAUUUUAAUUGAUUGUUUGUGAUUUGGGGUUUAUUGUGUAACAUGAAAUGAUCAUGUGACUAUUAUUGUAUGAAGUAAUCAGCAUCCACUGUCGUCACAGGUUGCAUCAAGUAUUUACGGAUCGGUGCAGUUGAUGUUUCUUGAGAGUAUUAAUAGGUUGUGGGAAGCCUUUAUAAUAUGCUGUAUACUAACUUUGUAAAAAUAUUUGUGGUAUCUUAUGCAUUGGACACUCAAUCUAAUGAUUGAUGUGAAUGGUGAAGUAACUUGCCUAGGAUUUGGUGAAUUAUUUCCUUUAGAAGGCAUCAUGUUCUUUUUAAAUAUUGUUUUGCUAACUACUUGGUUUCUGUUAACUGUGUACCUUGAAUAGUUAAGUAGCCUGCUAUACUUCAAACUUACUAUCUUCCACCAAGCACAUUCUCCCCUUGAAGUAUCAUUGAUUGUAUUGAGCAACGACUUUACUAUAUCUGUCCUCUCCACUGAGGAGUACUCUGGUAAUCUGCCUGAUGGGGAACCAGUUAGAUGUGGGGUUGGGACGUUUUACUCAGCCCUUUUCUGCUUAUCCCAUUACUAUAUUUUCUACACUUUAUAAGGUGUAUUUUGCCACUUCCCUGGGAAUAGUUUGGGACAAUCAUGCAUAUAAAUAAAUUAAGUAUUUAAGGCAUUUAAGGCAUUUCUAGAAAAUUAUAAAGACCAUUGCAUCCUUCUGCUUUGUGACUUUGUGGUCCACUUAAGCUGCCCCCUGUUGUAUUUUCAUUUUUCAACCGAUAAUUCUAUUUAUUUCAUCAUUAUGCUCACUGAGUAGAAUAGCCUUGUGCAGAAAUUUCUAUUUGCAUAGAAUUUUCAACGCCUCGGAUGGCUAUUUGGCCCAUCUAGUCCAAAUCUGCAUGAGUGGAUAUAAUAGGCUCUUCCUACCCUGCCCCAUCAGCAAAAUGUUCUUUCUUCAUUGAAUUUAUUGGUGGUUCUCUUGUAUUUAUGAACCCCCGUUUUGGAUAACUUCCCUACAAAUGAAAUUUUUUUUCUCCUUUAAAUAGCCAUUUAUAAUUUUAAAGAUCUCUAGGGUAGACACAAAAUGCUGGAGUAACUCAGUGAGACAGGCAGCAUCUCUAGAGGGAAGGAUUGAGACCCUUCUUCAUACUUUAAAGAUCUCUACCUCUCCUAGAGUUUAAAAAAAAAUGUUGUCACGAAACUGAGAUUAACUAGCCUUUUUUUUUAAAUGGAAAAAUAACCAUGUGAUACCGUUUCUGUAUUUCUUCUGUGCAAGGAGAAUGAAAAUUAGAGGUCAAUUCAUAAACAAUUGUUGAAUGAACAUGGGCUAUCCUACUUGAUUUUGGUCAGAAGACUUUUUGUAUUGCAUUGUGUCAAAUCUAUUUGCGUUUUGCGAAGAGCGCUUGUGUUAAAUGUAUUCCUAAAUGCAAUAGUUUAGAGAAUUUUUGGAAUUUAGCAUUUAUGAAUUCAUGGGUUUUGUCCUUUUGUAUGCAAGAUGCAGUAUCCACUUUAUGUAAUGAUUUUAACAUAGCAAAUAUAUUCCAAAACAA